ACAACCACAAAACAGAAAAGAGAACGAAAAAACAAAAAAAUAGCAGUGCACUUUAGAACUUUCCUUGACAAGUUGCCACAACCACAAACGACGAGUUACGACAUUAUGAAAUGCGGCACUUGGAGCUACGUAGCUGGAACAGCUGUUAAAACUCCGCAACAAGGUCAACGCGCAAAACACUCGCCCAUACAUAGUUCACCCAGUGAACUCUUCUUCGCUUUAGAUUGACCCGCUGAGAACGAGUUGGACGAACCAGUUGAGCUGUGAGGUGACAACAAAUGAAAGUACGAGUUUUGCCAAAGUGCUGCCUCCGUUUGUGAUGGCUUAUAAAGCACAUGGCUGUGGCCAGGCCGUUGGCCAGUCAAUUGCACGACUCGCAGGCAAAUGGAAAUGUCGUCAACACUCGCGAGCAACUGUUGCAACUUGAUGCUUUGGCUGCUGCCGCUGCUCUUGGUGCUGCACGGCAGCUCAAGUUGGAAUGGUGCGAGCUACUUGGAUGCCGCACAGCGUCCGCUCUGGAUACUCGAAGAUGAACGCAAUCCGACCGAGGAUUAUGAGACGACAACGCGGCGUAUACGUUAUGCGUCGCAGCGUCAAGAUCGCCAGCUGCCGUUGCGCAUUGUGGUGCGACCAGAUGCAGCGCCUCCGCCGUUGCCACCACGCCUGCCACAUCGUAUGCAGCUGCCCAGCCACUAUGUGCCACAUCACCAGCAACAACAGCAGCGACGCCACAAGUCCAUGUUCCGGCCACGCAAUGAGCAGAGACGCCGCCAACCACAAUCGCUGCCUGUGUUCGACAAUGCACCCGGAGACAAUGCUCUAUCGGCCACCAGCUAUCCGAUCUUUGUGUACAACGGCACCAAGGGUGAGCUGCUGGUCAACACCAUGCUCAGCGCACAGCGAUAUCCGAUGCAGGAACCGGUGCCGGGUCAAGUUUUGUAUCCGCCAUCGACGCCGAUGUUUCGCCCGAAGCCGCUGGUCGAACGUUUUCGUGUGCCCAAGCAGCGACAGUUGCUCAACUUGACGCUCAUUCCAUUCUAUGCACAUGAAGCGAUCACGCUGGCACCGCCACCAGCCACAAGCACAAGUCCAAGCACAACGACAACCACAACGACGGCGGCAACCACAACCACAGCAACUACCUUGGCUGCCACCCCGACAACUGCUGUUGCUGUCGCCUCGGCUGCAGCGCCAGAGUUGACAACGGCGCCAACGAACAGUGUGACGACGCCACUGCCACGCCCCUAUGAAACACAAUUGCCGCCCAGCAAGCGGCGGCGACAUCCCAAGAAGACAAAGCACUACAAUGCGUAUCGCUCGCCACAGGAAGUGGUGCAACGUCCUCCCGUGUUGCGUACCUCACACGCCUUGGCCGCACCCAACAAUCAUCGGCAGCAUCAUCACCAUCAUCAGCAGACGCAGACAAGCAGCUUCGAUCAUGCGCUGUUGGCUGACGAUGAGCUGCAAUCGGAGAUGCUGGACGAGGAGCAAGUGGAGGAGCAAGAGCAGGAACUGAGCGAGGAAGUGCCGCUGGAGGAGAACCACAGCAGCGGGAGCAGCUCCUUGCAGAUAGUUUACAUGGACGACAGUCUGGAGGCAACCAGCAGCAGCAGCAGCAGCACAGUGGUGCCCAGCACAGUGGUGCAAAGACAGAGUUCACGCUAUUCCCUGAAGCGUGAGUACUUUGCAUUUCCUGUCUAUACUUUAGGCAAGCUGCUGCAGGAUCCGAGCAGCGACAAGGUCAAAAUGGGACACAUUGUGGAGCUGGGUGACUCCUCGGAACCAGGUGGCGGUGACACCUGGUUCAUAUUGAAUUCACGCUAUAAGGGACCACAUCGUAAUGCCCAGAACAAGAGCCAAAGCAACUAUUAUACAUCGAAGUAUGUGCAGAAUUCCAAAGGUACCAGAACAUAGCGAAAACCAAAGCCAAAGGUUUCUACGAUUAAGACA